UGAUCACAUCCGCUUGCCAUACGCCGCCGCCGCCAGCAUCAUGAACGCACUGUGUCGCCUGGUCCAUCGGAUGCAACGAACGCUUCUGCUUCCGAGCUGUAACGGACUCUGGACGCCGUCCGGACGGAAGAAUGCCAGCUCGGCCAGCACCAGCCCGCUCAACCUGACGUACGACGUUUUUGACGGGAAGGGAGAGAGCGCCGCGCCGCUGGUCUUCCUGCACGGAUUGUUUGGGAGCAAAUCCAACUUUCAAUCCAUCGCCAAGUCGCUGGUGCAGCGGACGGGUCGAAAGGUGCUGACUGUUGACUCCCGUAACCACGGCAACAGCCCCCAUGAUCCCCAGCUGACCUACGAGGCCAUGAGCGGCGACCUGUCGCACCUUCUGGCUCAGCUGCACAUCGACAAGUGCAUCCUGAUCGGACACAGUAUGGGCGGGAAGACAGCCAUGACCUUCGCCCUCACGAAGCCGGCACUGGUGGAGCGGCUGGUGGUGGUGGACAUCAGCCCUGCCCCGAGCAUCGCCGGAAACGACCUUCACAAGUACAUUGACGCCAUGCGGGACGUGGACGUCUCUGGCGAGCUGCCGCGCUCCACCGCCAGACGCAUGGCCGAGGACCAGCUGCGACGCACAGUCAAGGAGCGCUCGGUGCGUCAGUUCCUGCUCAGCAACCUGGUGGAGUGCAAUGGCCGCUACGCCUGGCGGCUUAACCUGGACGCCAUCUCAGCUCACCUCCACGACAUCAUGGACUUCCCCGCCUUUAGCUCCGCCUACAACGGCCCCACCCUCUUCCUGGGCGGAGCCUCUUCCGCCUACAUCAGCUCCGACGACUACCCGGAAAUCCAGAGGCUGUUCCCGUGCGCCGACAUCCAGUACAUCCCUGACGCUGGCCACUGGAUCCACGCUGACAAACCUUUGGACUUCAUCAGCUCCGUCGUUUCCUUCCUGCGGUCCUAGACAAGCCACGAGAAGGUUGGUUGGGCUGCCGGCUCUUACUUGUCCUGUACCGGACGCGACCAUGCAAAGUGGGACAAAUGGGAGACUUAUGGUAUAACAUCACUUUGAGGAAAUGAAAAGGAGAAGACACUCUGACCCUGCUUCCAAAAGCCAGUCCCAGUUAAACGGAACAAGAAACGCAAAAGAGUCGUGCAUUAGCAUUAACUGUUCCUCUUUUUUCAUGCUGUUAAGUGAGGAUGCUGCGGUGGGCUCAGUGCUGCCAGGCAUGUUGUGGCACAUUGCGGUACUACACUGAAGGGGCACAACUCCAAAUUGGAACUUGACCAUACACGAUACUGUAAAACGGCUUUACGAAAAUCUGCAAUGUUGCGUAAAGUGUGAUAUAGUGGGGUACUAUUAGACUGCCUUUUUUUCUUUUUAAAUAAUACACAGAAGUGUAGCAUGGACACGCUUGAAUCUGCCAGGAACAUGAGGGUCAACUUAGCGCUGUCGCUAUCAAUUACUUUUAGAAUCGCUAUCAUUCAUUCCAUCAAACAGUCAGAGUAGGGCGGGCUGACUCUGACGUUGUUUCUGCUUGUUAAUCCGAACACGUGAAAUCCAUGUGUGUGAAGGCUCAUACUGUCCUACCCAACUUUACGUGUGUGUGUUCCGGUGACGUGUUUACGAGCUGAUAAUCAUGUGUACGCUGCAACUUAAUAGAAUUUAACACUACAAGAGUCGUUUCCAUGGAGAUGAUGAGUACGUGGAGGCUUUUUUGUCGUCAACUAUAUAUAUUUAUACAAGUCUAAUUUAUUAUAUAUCUAUUGUAAGAAUGUGGUUAAGGUGAAAGAGCGUGAAUGCGGUGACUGGCAUUAUUUAUUUACAAAGCCAUAACCAAAGCAAGCAAUCACACAAAUCUAAAGAGAGAGAGAGAUUAAUGUAGUAAUGUUGUUGUCCUUCUCAUGUUAUCAAAUAUUAUUCAUGUGUUGCUUAUUAUGCCCGUGGAAUAAAAUCAGCUGGUUGGUA